UAAAAAUGACGUGUUGCAUGAUAAACGGUUAUUGGCGUCUAUUUUUGUAAUUUUGUAUUGUUCAACGAAUUGUUUAGUGAUUUUCAUUGAAGGGUUGCGCAGUUGUGAUGAACAGCAUGUUAAUGUGCAGGUCUGGAAGGUGUGAUUGAUGAAAGCUUGUGGACAUCAUCUUCCGCUUUACAUGCCUUUGCAUUCAGAGUUCUGUAACAAUAUUUACUGAGAGAAAUGUCUGCUGCCGGUGAUGCCCUCUUCCACAACAUGGGAAGCUCCAGUCCCAACCAGCCUCGACAGAAAUUCUGUGGCAUGUUCUGCCCGGUGGACGGUUCGACAGACCAAAAGACGCUGGACGAUUCGCUGUCCUCGGCAAGAGGUCGAGUGAUAGAGAGGCAGAGAGAUAUCUCCAAACCACGAAAGGUUGAGAUCAGAAGAAGUACCGGUAAAGAGAUUCUCCAGAACCUAAACGACGAGAGUGACCGUCUCCUGAUUAAAGGAGCUAAGAUUGUCAAUGAUGAUCAGUCCUUCUGUGCAGACAUUUAUAUGGAGGAUGGCUUGAUCAAGCAAAUCGGAGACAAUCUGAUAGUGCCCGGCGGGGUGAAAACCAUCGAUGCCCACGGACGUAUGGUGAUGCCGGGUGGCAUCGAUGUGCACACCCGCUUCCAGAUGCCCGACAGGGGCAUGACCGCUGCGGAUGAUUUCUACCAAGGCACCCGCGCUGCCCUGUCUGGAGGAACCACCAUGAUCAUUGACCACGUGGUGCCAGAACCAGGAACAAGUCUGAUCUCAGCCUUCAAUCAGUGGCGUGAAUGGGCGGACAGCAAAGUCUGCUGCGAUUAUUCUCUCCACGUGGACGUUACCGAAUGGCACAAAGGCAUCCAGGAGGAAAUGGAAGCUCUCGUCCAAGAUCACGGAGUUAACUCCUUUCUCGUCUACCUGGCUUACAAAGACGUUUUUCAGCUCACUGACUCACAGAUCUAUGAAGUGUUCAGUGUAGUUCGGGAUCUUGGGGCCAUCGCUCAAGUCCACGCCGAGAACGGAGACGUCAUAGCCGAAGAACAGCGUAGGAUCUUGGAGUUGGGAAUCACUGGACCAGAGGGACACGUUCUCAGUCGUCCAGAAGAGGUGGAGGCGGAAGCAGUCAACCGCUCCGUAACGGUGGCCAAUCAGACCAACUGCCCCCUUUACAUCACCAAGGUGAUGAGCAAGAGUGCCGCUGAUGUCAUCGCUCAGGCCAGAAAGAAAGGCACCGUAGUGUAUGGAGAGCCAAUCACAGCCAGUGUCGGGACGGACGGCUCUCACUACUGGAGCAAGAACUGGGCCAAGGCCGCCGCCUACGUCACGUCUCCACCCUUGAGUCCGGAUCCGACCACGCCAGACUACCUAAACUCACUGUUGUCAUGUGGAGACCUGCAGGUCACAGGAAGCGCUCACUGUACCUUUAAUACCGCUCAGAGAGCUGUGGGUAAAGAUGACUUCACCCUCAUUCCCGAAGGGACCAACGGCACCGAGGAAAGAAUGUCUAUCAUCUGGGACAAAUGUGUGGUUACUGGAAAAAUGGACGAGAAUCAGUUCGUAGCUGUUACCAGCACCAACGCUGCCAAGAUCUUUAACCUGUACCCGCGCAAAGGUCGCAUCGCCGUGGGCUCAGAUGCCGAUCUGGUGCUCUGGGAUCCCGACGUCACAAAGAUCAUCUCAGCGAAGAGUCACAAUCUGGCAGUAGAGUACAACAUCUUUGAGGGGAUGGAGGUGCGCGGGGCGCCCCUGGUGGUCAUCAGCCAGGGAAAGAUUGUACUGGAGGAAGGGACCCUCCACACCAUUGAGGGAUCUGGACGUUAUGUGACCCGUAAGCCCUUCCCUGACUACGUUUACAAGAGGAUAAAGGCUCGCAGCAGGCUCGCUGAAUUGAGAGGCGUCCCACGAGGUCUUUACGAUGGGCCUGUCUGCGAAGUCUCUGUUAUGCCCAAGGCUUUGACCCCCGCAUCCUCUGCCAAGACCUCUCCUGCCAAACAAGCUGCUCAACCCGUCCGCAACCUGCACCAGUCUGGCUUUAGCCUUUCUGGUGCUCAGGCUGACGACAACAUCCCUCGGCGCAACACCCAGCGUAUCGUUGCACCCCCUGGUGGCAGGGCCAACAUCACCAGCCUGGGCUAGACCUCCCUUCAGCCGACCGGAGAACAGGGGUUUGGGGGGAGGGAUGUCUGUAAAUGUCUGAGGUGUUUGCUAAGACCACUGUCCUAUCGAGAGACAAACCCUGUUUAGGGCGAUGAUUCUCCGCUUCCCAGGCGCCCAACCCCUUACCUUUCACCCCAUCCCACCUUUCCCCAACCCUACACCACUUCCUAAAGGAGACAUCUAGAGAAAAAAGUAUUUGCCUCAUUCGAAGAAAGACGAAACAAUGUAACAUUCACAUUUGAGCACUUCUGAUUGUAUGAUUUUUAUACUGUACUUUCUACCCACCAUGAGUCAUGUUAUUAUUUUUGUAUUUAACUUUAUUUGCGUUCGAGGGAUCAAGCUGUUGUUUAUCAUAAAUACUUAUUAACAAGGCAAGGGUUAGAGUGCCGUGCUCGAUCACACCGAGAAUUUCAACAUUUGUCGCUAUAUUAACAUAGAAAUGUCUUAUUAGGAAUGUCUUUUUUACCCAAGACCAAUAAUGAACAUCUGACCAUUGCCUUUUCAUGGCAUUUAAUGCGAUCAUUUCUGUACUCAGAGAGUAAAAGAAAGCUUUCCCUAUGAUUAACCCACAAGCCUCGGUAAUUAAAAACGUGUUGUUUUACAAACAGAGAUGUUCAAUUAACAAAGACAGGCUUAGCAAAAUUGGAAAAAAGAGUCGGCUGCAAGUGAUUAUAGUUCCUUUCAUUUCAUAUCUUAGUUUUUAACUUCUUUACUUUAAUAUGUAAAGGUUAAGAAUCAGCAAGAAAUGAAGGCUACAUUUGGCUGUGAAUAAAUUGUAAACGGUUUAGCCGCUGUCAGGAUAUUCUCUGGGAGUCAAUUGCAAGCAUCCCUUACAAAAAUUAACCAUGGUUUGUUUUAGUAAAAGUGUAUUGCCAACUAUUACUACUUUGAAUCAAAACAAGAGAUGCACCGAUAUAUCGGCCAGUAAUCGGUAUCGGUUGAUAAAAGUCAUUUUUCAUGCUAUCGGACGAUCGUUUAAAAACAGCCGAUGAUCAGGGCCGAUAUAUCCUGUCAAUGAAAAGAUGACAGGAAAAUGCAAUGAAUAGUGCUCUGUAUAUAUAUUAAUGUUCAAUAUUAAUAAUCAAUAAAUUAAUUAAUAACAUUCAGAAAGUUUACGAAUAUUAAUUUAUCCUUGUAUCGGUGCAUUAUAACCAUGGUUAUUUUGUGGUAACCAAGGUUUUACUACAGUAACUAUGUUUUUUUGGUGUUUAACCGAACCACGGUUCAUUUUCGUAAGGGAUGAGCAGCAGGUGCAUUCCAAAACUGCAAAACUCAAUGAGUUCAGGUAUGAGAUUGAUGAAGAACUCUUUCUUGGUGUUCCAUCACUAGCAUGAAAGAUGACACUGACUUGAAUUUUGAGCCAAUAACCUUGUUGCUGUACAUUAUGAGUAUGCCAUAAGAGUCCUGUACUCGAACAUUUUACAGUAUUAAGUAUUUAUGCUGUCAACAAAUGUGCUAAGCUGAUAGAAGCUGUGUGUCUUUUUGUAUCUUUAACUUCAAGCUGUGCCUGAGAUGUAUGUUUUGAGUACUCUUGCAUAAGCUUGUUCAUGUCUUUUGUUAAAAAAACCUCAAAAGGCUGUUAAAUAGCCGGUUAACCGAUACAAAGGUGCCAGAUUUGUCCCUUGACUCCUUUUCGUAGUACUCUCGCAAGACUCGCUACGUCCUUGUUUUUAACGUCUGUUUUAGUACCGUAAUGAAUGCUACAUACUGUCAUAUCAGAAAAAUAAAAUAGAGGUACAUCAAUGAGAUUUUCAACAAAUGCCUUUUUCUCUAGCACCGUUUGUGACAUUUUCUUUUCAUUUGCUCUAAAGAUACAACAGUCGUCCCCUGACAGCAAGAAGGGCUAUGCAUUGUCCUGCUAGGCUAGCUAUGUAUAAUCUUUAAUAGCUAACCACGAUCCACCUUUUCUGGCUGGUGCUAUCGAGUAUUUUCACGCCAGACAACGAACGCAUCGUAGAAAGUAAAAAGUAGUCAUAAAAGGCUUUAACUGGUUUUGAUGUGCCUUCCUUGAAAGAUUAGCGGUAGCAGACCGACGCUCUCACCCCUUGCUUGUUUUUCAUUUCCUUUAGGUUCGGUCUGGUUUUCAUUUUGUAAAGCCAUCCUCCAGCUGUUUUCUUUUCCUUUGCACAUCCGCGGCAAAGUCUUGGCCUGUAGCAUCAUUCUCCAUUGCUUGUCUUUUCCUCUGUGACUCAAUACUACACACAUUCAUACACAUAUUCUGCAAGCUCGCAUAGUUCUCGAGCACUGAUCUUUGCUCUUAAAGGGAUCGUUCACCCUCAAAACAGUCAGCUGUCAGCAUUUACUUAGCCUUACGUCAUUCCAAACCUGUAUGAGAAUAUGUCUUCUGCGGGGCACAAAAGGAGAAAUGUUUAGAAAUGUUUACACUGCUCUCUACUGUAAUGAAAGUGGAUGGGGAAUGGGUGAUGUCAAGCACCUCAAACUAAACAAAUCAUCAUAAAAGUAGUUCACAUGACUUGUGCGACAUAACCCAAAUCUUUUGAAGUGUUCUGUGAGUAAAACACUAACAUUCCAGUUAUUGACCACAGAAAUUCACUCUCAUUGUAUGGAAGAUUUGUUCGGACAUUGUGUUACAAUUUCCUCCUAUUGUCUUCCACUUCCUACUGGUUGUGAAAGACACGAAGGUACAUGUUUUUUUGUUUUGUUUUGUUGGAAAACUAUUCCUUUAAAUCUUAGAAAUUCAUGGCUGCUUAAAAGAUGCUGCCUACUUGGUGUGUAGUGAGAUAUUACCAAAACUACAAGAUCUAAAUGUAAGUUAGUCAAUCUUUAUUUGCUAACAACUAAAGCAAGUCCGAGAAGUUGAAUUGUCUAAGCGUGAGACCGUGUUUGUGUGAUGGCUGGUUGUUGGAAUGUGCACAAAGGGUGACGCAAGGUUACAAUGAUGUAUUCUUGUUCACAGAGGCUGUAAAAGGGGCCGAUGCCGAAUUUGAAAAAAAAUGAACAGUGUGGAAAGUCAACUCAUACAGUAUAUUUCUGCUUGUUAUCACCUCCUGUGUGUUUCUUGUCUUGUUCUUCCUGACUUCAUUGCUUUUCCACUGUUACUAUGACUACUGGCUCUGUGGGACAACAGGAUCUGACUAUUUAUUUGUCUUGGCAACACAUUACAAAGCGGAAGCUUGCCCCCUAGCAACCCUUCUGGGCAUGGUGUUUUUAAAACAACAAAAACUUUUUAAAGUGUGAUGCUGCCAAAAAAUCUUUAUUUGUUUCGAAAACAUCCUUAAAGGAACAGUUCACCUAAAAAUAACAAUUGUGUCAUUUACUCACCCACGAGUUGUCUGUAUUCAUUUCUUUGUUUUGAUGAUCACAGAGAAAGAUAUUUGGAAGAAUGCUUGUAACCAAACAGUUCUUGGACCCCAUUGACUACCAUAGUAGGAAAAAUGACAAUGAUAGACAAACUGUUUGCUUUUCUACAUUCUUCAAAAUAUCUUCUUUUGUGUUCAAAGAGAAUCAGAAAGCAGUUUUUCCUAUAUGGUGGCCAAGAACUGUUCCAAAUAUUUUUCUCUGUGUUCAUCAGAACAAAGACAUUUCUUCAGAUUUGGAACAACUCAAGGGCGAGUAAAUGAUGACAGAAUUUUCAUUUUUGGGUGAACUAUCCCUUUAAGGCAAGUUAAAGUUACUCGGGAUUUUUAGAUAAUAGGAAAUGUUUUCAUAUACCCUACCUGCAUUUUUUCUUGUUUAACACAAUAUUAAAAUGUACACAAUUUGCAAACCAGAUAAGAAAGUAACCUCAUUGCUAAGUAAAGUUGGUGUGGAAAUACAGUAUAACUUGAGAACAGAACUGUCAUAUGCGAGUUACACAUCAUUUGCCCGCCGAGACACCCUGUUGAAAAUGCUAUUGGUUUAUAUUAUAAACAUAUGCAAGAGUUCAAAUAAACAUGCCUUAAACACUCCCACUGAUCUCAGAGCAGCUGUUGGCACUAACAACAAACACACACACACACGCACUCUCUCUCUCUCAUACACACACACUUUGCAAUGUAAGCCUGAAUGUUUUUCUAUUCCUGGUGUGUGAUCUCUGUAAAAUGCAGAUGGAAAACGAAAGAUCAUUAAUUCUGAAAUUGCCAGUGAUUUAUAACCCCGCCCCCUCUCUUUCCCCUUGCCCCGCCCCCACUCCACAAAUGAAACUGUCGUGUGCUGGUGUUUAUUCUAUUGGCUGUGCAGUGUGAGGAUGUCCGCUUGCUCUGAAGUGUCAAAUCCCUUGAUAGUGAUGUAAAAAAGAAAAGUGAAUAAAGAAGUCCUUUUCCUGUC